AUGCAUAAUAAUGGAUGCAUAAUUAAGAUCAAAAUAAUUACACUGGCAACAGUCUGCGAGUUCAGCAUCUAUCUCUCUCUCUCUCUCUCUCUCUCUCUCUCUCCGAAAAAUAAAUGUCCAAAUUCCUUAUUCGGGUUUUCCCCUCUCUUCUUUUUCCCCCUGCAUCUUGCUCUCUUUCAUAUCUUUUGUGUUCUUUUUACGGAUUCUGAUUUUACUUCGUGGUUUUUAUCUGCCCGAGUUUGGCCGAAGAAAUACAGUGCUUCUCCACGGCGCCAGUUUGUCUGCAAAAAUGGUACUCUUUCUUCAUUCGCUUCAUUCCGAGCCAGCGGAUUAAAAAGCGUCUUUAUAUUCGCCUCACUGGACAAGUUGGCUCCUCUCUCUCUCUCUCUCUCUCUCUCUCUCUCUCUCACAAAUUUUUCUCACUUGAUCCAUUACCCUCUUUACUUUGAGCCUCUUUUCUCUGAAAUAUUCAUACUUUCUUACAUCAUUCACUGA